AUGGACGACAAUGGCGAGGAUAACGUGUACUUCGGGCGCGCGUUGGAGCGCGCGGAGGGCGCGGGGGGCCGCAAGCUGCACCUGGCGGUGGUGGAGGGGCGCGCAAAGCAGGCGGUGCCGCCCAUCACUCAUCCCACUGCUCUCCCCUUCCACCCCCAAAUCCCCUCUCUUCAUCCCAACCCCCCGCGUUUAUCUGCCCGCCAACCCCCCGCGUUUAUCUGCCCGCCAACCCCCCACGUUUAUCUGCCCGCCAACCCCCCGCGUUUAUCUGCCCGCCAACCCCCCGCGUUUAUCUGCCCGCCAACCCCCCGCGUUUAUCUGCCUGCCAACCCCCCACGUUUAUAUGCCCGCCAACCCCCCGCGUUUAUCUGCCCGCCAACCCCCCGCGUUUAUCUGCCCGCCAACCCCCCGCGUUUAUCUGCCCGCCAACCCCCCGCGUUUAUCUGCCCGCCAACCCCCCGCGUUUAUCUGCCCGCCAACCCCUCACCAUCCAACCCAGGGUGGCAGCCUGCAUUGUUCCGCUCGUCGCGCUCGCAGCGCGCGGAGGUGCAGCCGCAGCGCGUGGAGGCGCUCAUGGACGCCGACGAGCGCCACGACGCGCAGCGCAGCGCCGUGGCGGCUCACAGCGCGUUCGACACGUUCGGCUUCACCGCUGCUGAGCGCGCCCGCCACCUCGCCCCCGCCGCGGACCGGCGCCACUCAGUGAUUCCCGGGGGGGCCGUGGCAGAGCUGCUGGCGCCCGCUGCUGACUCCAUCGGCAAGGCGUUGCUGCGAAGGAUGGGGUGGAGAGAGGGCAGGGGGCUGGGGCCGGACGAGGUGGCAGCUUCCAAGAAGGGCGCUGAGGAUGUGCGAGGUCAGGCGUGCAGAGGGGUGGUGAGGCGUGAAGAGGGGUGCUCUUUCUCCUCCCCGUUCCACUCUCAUUGCUCACUACAACUCCCUCGUCCUUGCUUCCCGCCUUCCCGCCUUCCCCCUCCCUGCCUCGCCCGCCUCUCUGUUCUCUGGGGAGUGGGAGCAGAGCACAGGCAAAGGACGGCGGGGGGGGCGAGGGAGGGAGGGGAGAGGGGGGGAGAGAGGGGCCUGGGUGGGCGGCGCAGGGCGGGUGGUGGCAAGCAGUCACUGUUUGCGGCGGGCAGUGGGCGGGUGGCGGGGGGGUUUGGCAUCGGGGCUCUGGAGGAGGCUGGGGCUGAGGAUGAGGAUAUCUACGACUCCGGUGAGAUGCUGUGUGGUGGAGUUCAGUGGUGGUGGUUGAGGAGUGAGAGUGUGUUGUUGUGCAAAGAAAAGGUUGACUGCAUGUGGUGGCACGUUACCAUGGUGGCACGUUACCAUGUGAGCACUCCUUCUUGCUUUCCUCCUUCACUCUGCCCUGUUCUUCAUGCGCACUGCGCUCACCCCCUUGCCCUCUCCCCCCGUACGCCCUCCCUCCCCGUGCGCCCUCCCCCCCCGUGCGCCCUCUCCCCCCGUGCGCCCUCUCCCCCCGUGCGCCCUCUCCCCCCGUGCGCCCUCUCCCCCCGUGCGCCCUCUCCCCCCGUGCGCCCUCUCCCCCCGUGCGCCCUCUCCCCCUGUGCGCCCUCCAGAGAUACCGGCGGCAAGCUGCCCGAGGUGGCGAGCGACGAGGACGAGGAGGGGGAGGGGCGAGGCGUGCAUGCUGGCGGGGCGCCCUCCCCACUCGCCCCGCCGCCAGCCCCUCCCUCCGCAGGCGCGGCGGUGCGGGCGGCGGUGGAGGGCGUGGCGGCCAUGGUGGCGCGCUGUGGGGCGCAUGUGGAGGCGCUGCUGCUGUCUCGGGCAGGGGGAGGGGUGGGGGAAGGGGCGCGGGAAGGCAUGGUGCAGGGCGCAAGCGCGAGGGAGGAAGGGGGAGGAGAGGGCAGUGCGCGGCUGGCGUUCCUGGUGGGCGGGGAGGGCAGUGCGUACUACCGGCGGCGCGUGUGGGAGCUGGCGGAGAGGCAGAGGGCCGCCCAGGGCAGGGCAGCAGCGGGCAAGGCGGUGGGGAGCACGCACCCCACACCCACCUCAACCGCCUCUCCUGCUGCUGCAGCUUCUGCCUUUACUUCUGCCGCAUCUCCUGCUGCUCCCCCCGCCCCCACUGCGCCGGCCUUCCAGCAGCACGGGGCGGCAGCUGAGCUGGCAGCAAUGAUGACAGCACGCUUCCACAGCAGUGGGCACGAGGACCAAACGGGCAAGGGCGGCAUGAGCACGGAGAAGGCGGCGCUGCCUGCUACACCCGGGGCAGACACAGCGCUGGCAGGGGCGGCAGCAGUGGUGGUGGCUCGGCGGAGGGAGGAGGCAUGGAGGCUGCUGCCUCUGCUGUGCAAGCGCUUCAACCUGCCCGACCCGUAUGCGGGCAAGCACGUCUCUGCUUGCCUGCCACCAGAUUUCCCUGCUGCUUCCUGCUGCUUCCCACACGUCCACUCCCCUUCUUCCUCCCCCCGUGUAUUCUGCCCGGCUGGUCCCACUGCCAUGCCUGCCGCCCAAGUGGUUCACUCUGCUUGCACGCUGCAGUUCUGUGCCGCACACCCGUUUGAUUCUCUGCAGUCAACCCGGUCACAGCACAGUGAUCCACUUGUUCACCUUUUCACGCGGCUUUCUUCUCUCUCCUUUCUCUUCUCCUUCGCCGUGGUCCCUCCACAACAGGCCCCUCCCCCCCCUCUCCACCGCCCCUCUCAGCUCGACACCCUCACCUCCUUCCCCCAAACCCUCCCCUCCACCACGCCCGCCCCCACUGCUGCCCCCUCGCCUCUCCUCUCCCUCCCUGCGCCUCCUCGUGCUGCGCCUGCCAUGCCUCCUGGGCGUGAUGGGUGGAUGGAAGGACACGAGGAGGGACACGCAAUCUUUUCGGAUGAUGAAGACAGCGACGACGAUGCUCGUGCCACAUCCGCAGCGCCAGGUGGCAUUGAUGACGUGGCAGCGGCAGAAGCUGCCACGCGGGCUCUUGCCCGGCUGGAGGCAGGUGACUUCCUGGAGGGGCUGGGCGAGGAGCUGGGCUUGCAGGUGGACCCGGGGGAGGUGCGACACGGGGCAGGGGGCGAGGGCAGGCGAGAGGAGAGGGAGGGCAGCAAGGGUGCGAAGCGGGAGAGUAAGGCGGGAAAGGGGAGGGCAGGAAAGGAGCAGGAGGGUGGUGUGUGGGGCCAGGGGCGUGAUGGCGCUGGCAUGGCAGGCAGUGCAGGGGUUGCAGUUGAAGCAGGGCAGGCGGAACGAGCAAGAGAAGGAGGUGAUAAUGCGGCAGGUGGAAAGCGGGGCGAGUGA